AUCGCUAGUGUUAGUGUAGUGCUUUAACGUGUGGCGUUGUGUUGAAGUUUAACCGCUUAUAUUUAAAUUUAUACGCUUGAAUUUGUUUCGUUAAUUCACACACAGUCACUUCUCGUUGACGGAACUGCUAGCCGUAGCUUAGCGGAUCCAGCGUGAACUGUGCACCGCUGUUCCUGACAACAACCAGUCAGCAGCAUGAAUAACAAAAGAAGCCCAGACUGUCUGGACAGCGAGGCCACCGGACAAGACCCGCUCCCUAAAAUACCAAGGAUUAUGAAGAGCCUCCAGCUGAUCGCCAUUGGGUUUGUUAAGCUGCUACAAGAAGCUGAGGGUGGAGUGGUGGACAUCCAGGAUGCUGCCAAAAUCCUGGCUUCUGAUCAGAAAAGGCGGAUCUAUGACAUCACAAAUGUGUUGGAGGGCGUCGGUUUAAUCAUGAAAAUAUCGAAGAGGAAAGUCAAGUGGAUUGGUGCAAAUCCAGGCCAGGAAACGUUUGACCGCAGAGUGUUGGAGUUAAAGUGUGAGCUGGAUGAUUUGGAGCAGAGUGAGUUUAUGUUGGACCAGCAGAGACAGUGGGUCGAACAGAGCAUCAAGACCACGAGAGACGACUGCAGCAAUCUGACAUAUGUGAAUCACGAAGAUAUCUGCAACUGCUUCAGAGGCCACACACUCUUGGCAGUAAAAGCACCUUCUGGCAUCCAUUUGGACGUCCCCAUUCCCAAAGCUAGCCUGAGAGGUCCAGUGCGGUACCAGAUCCACAUGAAAAGCGCCGGUGGACCCAUAGACAUCCUACUCCUGAGCACAAACUCUGCCACCUCUGAUCCCGUCACUCUGCCUGUGCCGCCGCCCGAGGACGUUUUACGCAACGCCAAAUUGGCCACGCACACUUCAGAUGCGACAGGAGGCGGCGACGCACCUGCUGAUGCCGUACACUGGAAUGAAGUGAGACAGACUGACACACAGCAGGACACACAGCGUCCUUACGCAUCAUCUUUUCUUACAGCAAAGACCAACAGAAUGGACUCGCCACUAAUGCAAAAUUUAUCAAAGGAACUGAGGAAACUCCUGGACCCGACCACAGAAAUAACCAAAGCAGAUAUUUUCACAAAGCUGAUCUCCUCUGAAGUUUUUCCUGCACUCAGACACUUAUUUCCGACUCCUCCAUCUCAGUGUGACUCUGAUCAGACGCUGGUGACCGGGAACUCUUCAUGACGAGACUUUGUAUGUAAAGUUUUUCCCUCUUUGCACACAAAAGUCAUUUGAUGUAGGCCACAGUGGUGUUGCAAUGGCUGAAGAGUGUUGCCUCAUAGCAAGAAGGUUUUGAAUCCCUGUGGUGGAGUUUGCACAUUCUCCCAAAAUCCAAAAACAUGUGGAGGUUAACUGGACACUCUACCAGA